CAAACGGACUGACAUUGAACUGAAAGGGGGACGACCAGACGCCUGAUCGAAGCGGAUGACACUUGCGGAUGGCGAAGCGCUGGUAUCGGGAGCGGACGUGGGAUAGGGGGGUACUUACUUUGAUGGAAGACUGCGCGACGAUGGGGGAGGUUCAAGAGAGGAUGAUGUCGUGGUACCACGUGUAUUCUGACACACUGCCACAGGAGAUCCAGUUCGAAGGCCACUUUCGCGUCAACCCCGACGACAGACCCGACGAGUUCUUUGCCGACGGCGAGGGCUUCCUGCGGACCAAACCGAUCGUCUUCUACAGAGAAGUGUCAGACGUGUCGGAAGGUACGCUCGUGAGUGAGGUGAUGGACACACACCGGCAAUCCAAGUGCGUGUAGAUGACACUCUCUCCAUCCUCUGUGUAUGUGUUUCCAUUCAGCGGCCAACGGUGCGCCUGUCAGCGCAAGGGAGAACAGUGGCACAGGUACGUACGUAAGCGCGUGCCGUCCGGGCGGACGGACGAGUGAAUACGUUCGUACGUACGCACAUUCACGUCUGUUUUCUUGUUCUGGCUGGCUGGAUGCCCUCACUCAGCUGUGGUCGUGCGGGCUGGCCCAGUGGGUCGAUGCGACGAGUCUCGAGAACAGGUGGCCAUGAAGGGGGGUAAGGGGCGGAAUGACGAAAAGGUGGAGAGGAAGAAGCAGAGCGACUGUGUUAUCAUGUGAGCUGGCCAGCAGCUCGUCGGCUGCGUGUAUAUAUACAUCUAGCGUUGCCCCUCGGGUGAUUGACCUGACCUUUUCGUUAACUGUACUGGUGUGGGUUGGCUGAUUUCGACGUCAAUUUGCUACAAUGCGCG